AUGAUAUGGUCCUACGUCUUCGGCUCCUCAACCCUUCACCUCGUCCAAAUAAAAGACAAAAUAAAGCACGUGCGAUGCACCUCCACCUCCAGCAGCAGCAGCAGCAACAACAACAGCAAAGCCCUAACCCACCACCGCCACUGCUGCCCCAAAACACCCGCCCGCUGGCGCAUCUACGACGGCCGCAUCCCAGGCCACACAGACAGACUCUUAUACCCACACACACACGCCGACCUACCAUCCACACUCUCCACAGCCCCCGUCGCACUCUUACGCACCUGUAAAGCCAUCUACGCCGAAACCCAAACCACGGUGUACAAAAACAAUACAAUUGACGUGGACGACUUGUUCACCUUUCUCUCCUUUGUGGGGUCCCUGUCCCCCCGCGCUAGACGGGCUAUUACGUCUCUGACAGUGCAGUGGAUGCCUGUCUGGACACCGCUGAGUGGGCAGGAGCAUAAGGGGUCGAUAUACGCGCAUACGCAUAGUGAUGAGCUCUGGGUGCGGUUUUGGGAUUGUAUUGCUAGGGAACUUUCUGGGUUGAGGUGUUUGAAGUUGAGUAUUGAUUUGGGCCGGUUUUCGGGGACGAUGGUUGGUGGGGGGGGCGGUUUUGGUUGGUGGUGGUCAGAGGCUUAG